AUGAAUUCUCAGAACAGGAAAAAACAAAAGUGGAGGCUUCGAAUGGGACCUAUUAAUUUUGCUAGAGAACGCGUGGCAUUGCGUGCAGCCAAAGACAACAACGAAGAACCAUCAAAGCCUGAAAUAUUUAUUGCAACUCGUACCAAGACGGGAAAGGAAAUCCAGGCUAAUACCCAAAUUGCAAUAGCUAAACUUCAAAAUCGCCAAAAUUCUGGGGAAACAGCUGAUGAUGCAUUUAGGGCAGUGUUUGGAAAGGAGCAGCCUGGUCGAGUUAGGUGCUAUGGUAGAUCAGUGACAACAAGUUCUUUGAAGAAAGAUGAGGAAAUUAAUAAUUUAAAACAAAAGCAUGCCGAUGAAAUCACUUCUCUAAAUGAAGAAUUGAGAGAAGAAAUGCGACAUUUAUUCACUCAAUUGCUGCAAAACAACCCUGGAUUGAAUUUUCAAGAUAUACGAGGGUGUGUUGGAUCUAACCUUGCUUCACCUAUUGAUGCAAGUAGUGCACAAGCUGUAAGAGGCACAAAUCCUCCAUUUUCUUCGGGGUCAGCUCAAGAUUCGGUUCUUCAAAAGCUACAUAUGGCACCUAAGCAAGACCGUGUCUACUCGAGAAGGCGUUCUAAGUCUGUCGCCCCGUCGAAUCAGAUGGUCAGAGGCUCAGACGAUGAGCAUGUCCCGGAAUUCGUGCCCACGAAGGUGGCUUUCAGCAGAGUCACUGCCUCCCAGUCGGAAGAAGAGCGCAUACUGACCGACACACCUUCUGGGUCGGCUGCACAUUUUGAGGGAGCAUCUGGUUCCGAGGAGGCUUCCGGUUCUGAGGAAGCGUCUGGUGUUGUCGAGGAGGCCCGCCAGUUGAGAGUUAUAGAAGUGGCUGCUGGGGCGUCUAGCUCCAGAAUUUUUGAGGCUGAGAGGAGCACUACUAAUGGUGUUGUUAUUGCUGAGGACACCACUGAUUGUGUCCCUAAUAUAGAAGGAGCGGGUUCCGGGAAAUCAUACCCAUCAACAUAUUGA